GCAUAACAAAACAUAAACAAAAACAAGUAUAUACUUAAAAUAUUUUCAUGCACCCAUUCAUCUAAAGCGUUUUAAAACCACUUGUAGUUAAUCUAUUCAUCAUGUUAAGAAUUGCGAAAUAGACUACGACAGAAUGAAUUUCCUCCCAACUAAUUUUACGUGACUUCGUAAAAAAAUUAUGCAGCUACGUAUGUUAUAUUAUACUACUUUUUACGCGUUUUACGAACUGUAAGUGAUGUAACGUAGGACGUGGAAGGUGUUCAUUUAAGGACUUAGCGGCAGCGUUCAGCAGUGGUGAGCGCCGUGCACCUUCGGGAGACUCCGGAACAGCUCCGCCGUGAUCAUCGUUAGGAUGUGCCCGAGGUGCGGGAGCCUCGCGAUAGUGUUUGUGCUCAGGCGAUGCGUGACGCCCGAUGCUAAGGUUACACUCCCAGGCUACUUCAAGACGCACUGCAGAGGUGCACGGAGGCUCCUGUCCAAACUGCGCUCUCGAGCGAUUUCCUAAAAACACCGUUUGCGCGCCGCUUAAUGCCGACGGAUCACAUGUUUCGCUGACCGCCCCAUUCUCGGGGCUUCGGUGUCACUAACUCUCCGGCGGCUUGCUUGCUUUUUUCCCCCCUAGUCUUGAAAAGUAGCUUGAUGAGUGUCCAAAGUAACAGUGGAAGUGGUGGAAGUUUGGAGGGGACGCCAUCUUGGUCCCAGCUCUCCACGUCCCCAACACUGGGCUUGCUUUCUCAGCAACAUAUCACGGUACCGGUGAAGGCAAAGGAAGGUGCGAUGGAUGAGCUCCACAGCCUGGACCCCAGGAGGCAGGAGCUGCUGGAGGCGCGAUUCAUGGGAGGGGUCGGGGGCAGCACCGGGGGCAGUACUGGCAGCGCCAGCGGGGGCACAAAAGGCUUAACGAACAAUGAAUGUUCGAACCACAGUUUCGGAAGUCUUGGUUCCUCAAGUGACAAGGAAUCAGAGACCCCAGAAAAAAAGCACUCCGAGUCCUCGAGGAGUAGAAAAAGGAAAGUAGAGAGUCAGUCCGAGAGCAGCCAAGGGAAAUCGGUUAUACGAGGACCCAAAAUUAGCGAUUACUUCGAUUUCCAGGGGGGCAAUGGCUCCAGUCCAGUCAGAGGUCUCCCUCCAGUCAUCCGUUCUCCCCAGAAUUCACAUUCCCAUUCCGCACCAGGCUCCAUGAUUAGGCAAAACAGUUCAUCUCCUACUAGUCUGACUUUCGGGGACCAUAUGAUGCAUCCAAAACAACUGUCAAUCAAAUGUGUCCAGACUGAUCUGACCGUACUGAAGCUGGCAGCCCUCGAAAGUAAUAAGAACUUGGACCUGGAGAAGAAGGAGGGGAGGAUAGACGAUUUGCUUCGGGCAAACUGUGAUCUCAGGAGACAAAUAGAUGAACAACAGAAGUUACUUGAAAAGUACAAGGAACGCUUAAAUAAAUGUAUAACCAUGAGCAAGAAGAUGCUAAUUGAGAAGAGCACCCAAGAGAAGCUGGCGUGCCGAGAGAAGAGCAUGCAGGACCGGCUGCGGCUCGGCCACUUCACCACGGUGCGGCACGGCGCCUCCUUCACGGAGCAGUGGACCGACGGCUUCGCCUUCCAGAACCUGGUCAAACAGCAGGAGUGGAUUAACCAGCAGAGGGAAGAGAUUGAGAGGCAGAGGAAGCUCUUAGCCAAGAGGAAGCCUCCAACGACCAACAGCUCCCAAACGCUGACCACAAACUCUGAGCCAAAGCAGCGGAAGAGCAAGGCCGUGAACGGGGCGGAGAACGAUCCCUUUCUCAAACCCAGCCUACCUCAGCUGUUAACUUUGGCUGAGUAUCAUGAACAAGAGGAGAUCUUCAAACUUCGUCUCGGGCAUCUAAAGAAGGAAGAGGCUGAGAUCCAGACGGAACUGGAGCGACUGGAGAGGGUCCGUAACCUGCACAUCCGGGAGCUGAAGAGAAUAAACAAUGAGGACAGUUCGCAGUUCAAAGAUCAUCCAACCCUGAAUGACCGGUACCUUCUGCUGCACCUGCUGGGAAGAGGAGGAUUCAGUGAAGUUUAUAAAGCCUUUGACUUAUUUGAACAACGUUAUGCUGCUGUGAAAAUCCAUCAGCUCAAUAAGAACUGGAGGGAUGAGAAGAAAGAGAAUUACCACAAGCAUGCCUGUCGGGAAUACAGAAUACACAAGCAGCUCGACCACCCGAGGAUAGUCAAACUGUACGAUUACUUCUCCUUGGACACGGAUACGUUUUGUACCGUGUUGGAGUUCUGCGAGGGUAAUGACCUGGACUUCUACUUGAAGCAGCACAAGCUGAUGACGGAGAAGGAAGCGCGGUCCAUCAUCAUGCAGAUCGUGAAUGCCCUGCGCUACCUGAAUGAGAUCAAGCCUCCCAUCAUCCACUAUGACCUCAAGCCAGGGAACAUCCUGCUUGUGGAUGGCACGGCCUGUGGGGAAAUCAAGAUCACAGACUUCGGUCUGUCCAAAAUCAUGGAUGAUGACAACUAUGGAGUGGAUGGGAUGGACCUGACAUCACAAGGAGCAGGAACCUACUGGUACUUGCCACCUGAAUGUUUUGUAGUAGGCAAAGAACCUCCAAAGAUCUCUAACAAGGUGGACGUUUGGUCGGUGGGUGUCAUCUUUUUCCAGUGUCUCUAUGGAAGAAAGCCAUUUGGCCACAACCAGUCCCAGCAAGACAUCUUGCAGGAGAACACGAUACUCAAAGCAACAGAAGUCCAGUUCCCAGUCAAGCCAGUUGCAAGUAAUGAGGCUAAGGCCUUUAUAAGACGGUGUUUGGCUUACCGGAAAGAGGACCGCUUUGACGUGCACCAGCUGGGCUCUGACUCCUACCUGCUUCCUCACAUGAGGAGGUCCAACUCCUCAGGGAACCUGCAGAUGGGCACAGCCUCUGGCCCCGCCCCCUCCAGCAUCAUCUCCUACUAAGCGGGCGGCACUGACUGAGCGAGUGAGCGCCCCGCUGAGCUGUGUGUGGCUUCCCCCUCCCCCCUCCCCCCGUGGGUUCCGAGCACCCUCUGGUCAGCUGCGGGGCAAGGACGAGUCCGAGCACUUUGAGUCACUGUGGAACCAGGCUGUCUACUUGUGCUGUACUGGUUUUAGAUGUGGGUGUUUACUGAGAGAAAAGAGAAAUGUUUAAAUUAAAAUUAAUAAUAAUAAAGAAGGCUUUUCAAAGUGAGGACUUCUGGGAGGUUGUGCGAAACAGAGAACCGAGACAGUAGGUGGGAAUGUAGCUCCUACAGUUCGAGUUGUUUCGCCAGUUGUAUGACUUGGCUUUCUGCCGAGAGACAUGACUUUCGGCUCUUUAGGGUCAAUUAAUUCUGUUUUCUGCCUGGGUGUGAGUGAUGUUAACAUCAGAAGCUCACGUUAACAGUUUUUCAGCUUUUGGGGAUGAUUCUUUUUCUCAGCUGUCCGUAAUUAGUCUUCUAAUUUUUAGAAAAGGUUUUCGGCGUAUGAGCCUAUGUUUGUGGCACCUGGAGGUGUUUCAGCCCAGGCGAGAAUAAUACUGUGGAAUGCACAAAGUAACCAAAUGCAGACAAAUGGCAAUGUAUAAAAUCCUAUGCAGGAAAAUUUUUAAAAAUCCCUUUUAGGAAAUAAAUGUAUAUUUACUGUACAGGAGUCAAAUUUUAGUUAUUCGUAAUUUUUAGAACUUCUGUUCUAAAUCCCAUUUCCUUUAGUUUUCCUGUGGUUGAUGAUGCUACUUUUUGGAGAAGCUGUAAGUUCCUGCUGUUCUUGUAAGAAGGAGUAGUGAAGAAGGCGCCUGGAGGCUCAUUCUCAUUAUGAAGCAGCCGUAUAUAUACAUACAUAUAUAUAUAUUUUUUUCUUUUAUUUACCCUAACCCCCCUUUUUGUGGUAGUUCCUGCUGCCUAAGUGGCCAUAAGUUAUCAGUGAAGUCCAGUGCUAAGGAAGGGUUUGGGGAGGGGAGGGGGGGGGGUGUCUUGCUCAUCUGCCAUUGUGAUAGUUUUCGCCUGCUGUGUCCAUAAUUUCAGGAAGACCACCCAGGCCAGUAUACCUCAAGAAGCUGUUAGGGUGUGCACACGCUGCUCAUUGUCCUGCUCAAGGCCACAUUUGUGAACACUUGACUGAAUGCUUAAUAUUACUGCUGGAAGACUCGCCCCAGUUCGCUCCCCGUGCAGGAACGCCAGCAUCCAGUUCACUUGGCCAUGCGGAAUACCUUUCCAGAAUAAGUGGUGCUGCUGAAACUGUAGAGAAUGUAGCCAGAGGAAUAAACAUUAAAGACAAUACAUAUCUCUAUAUAAUAUGAGAUUUGGUUUGUCUUAAUUGUUUAUAGCCUAAUUUUUCAGCGCAGCAAAUGGGGGCGGGGCGGUUGCCAUUGUUUCAGUUGGAUACAUUGUUGGAAUAUUUGCACUGAGUUCCACAAUUUCUUUUGGCUUGUUAAAGAAAAUGUAACUAAUGGAUUAAUUCUGAUUCCAGUUUUAUUUGACGGAUAAAGUCUGAAGUAGCUUUGUGUCUCUUGCGAUUUUUUUUUUUUGUUUUGUUUUAAUGGGAUUCAACAGGGGACACCUGCAAAAGCCCCCCUUUUGAAAAAUAACAGUAAACCUACUGUCUGGUCCAUUUGGAUAAAAGCUGUCUUAAUGGGGUAAGUGUGUUUCAUCAUGUGCACUGGGUCAUUCAUAUUUGAAUAAAACAUUGUCUGGAUAUA